GGCGCCGGCCGGAGCAGCGGCAACUGGCACUCCCCGUCGCUUCACCUGGCGGGAGCACCCAGGCCCUGCGUGCGGCCAGACGGACGGACUGGUCUGGGACAAGAUGGUGUCCGUGGUGGUGCCGAGGCUGGUGGUCUCUCUGCUGCUGCUCCUCAGGGUCCUGCCCGCGGUGGCCUACUCCGUGCCCCUGCACGCUGCCUUCCUGGAGGACACAGGGGGCAGCGGGGAGGCCGAGGGCUCAUCGGCCUCCUCCCCAAGCCUCCCGCCGCCCCGGACCCCGGCCCUCAGUCCCACGUCGGUGGGGCCCCAGCCCACGCCCCUGGCAGGCCCCAAGCCCCCCACCAACUUCCUGGACGGGAUCGUGGACUUCUUCCGCCAGUACGUGAUGCUCAUUGCCGUGGUGGGCUCCCUGGUGUUCCUGCUGAUGUUCAUCGUCUGCGCCGCGCUCAUCACCCGCCAGAAGCACAAGGCCUCGGCCUACUACCCCUCGUCUUUCCCCAAGAAGAAGUACGUGGACCAGAGUGACCGGGCCGGGGGGCCCCGGACCUUCAGCGAGGUCCCCGACCGGGCUCCCGACGGCCGGCCCGAGGAGGCCCUGGAUUCCUCCCAGCAGCUCCAGGCUGACAUCCUCGCUGCCACCCAGAACCUCAAGUCCCCCGCCAGAGCCGCCCCGGGCAGUGGAGAUGGAGCCAGGAUGGAGGGCAAGUCAGAGGGAGAGGAGAGCGGCGGCCGGGAGGCGGACCAGGAGGCCCAGGGAUGUGGGAGCCCAGCGGAGAAAUCAGGGGUGCUGGAGGAGCCGGGCACAGUGGUGGCAGAGGGGGCCCUGGAGGCCGGCCAAGGCCAAGGUGAGCCGGAAGCGGCUCCUUUGUUAGCCCAGGAAGCCAGGGGAGCCGCUGGUCCCCCCGAGAGCCCCUGUGCUUGCAAUGUCGUCCCCAAGGUCUAACAGGCCUCUGGGGCUGCUGGCCCCGACUGUCGGACUCCUCGUGGUCACCUCCAUGGGUGUGGAAAGGCCCUUGACCCUUACUGCUCCCCGACACCCCCUCCUUGGCCACCCCCUGCUGCAGGCAGAGAUGCUGGUCUCCAGCGUACCCCAGGAAUCUCCCCGGAUCCCAGGACCAUUUGCCCCUGCGGUCCCAAACACAACGUCUCUGGGGAGGGGGGAUGGGAAGGAUCCCCACUAUAUUCAUGAUACCAUAUCCCACGAAAUCAGCCCCGUCACUUGGGCAGACAUGCCACGGUCCCCCGGGAUGGUACCAACAUUGCCGCUUUUCCAUGGAAGUAGGGAAGACAAGUCAGAGUAACUAGGAGUUUGGGAUGAGGGUGACUGGGACCUGCCGAGGCCCCCCCAGGCCCCCCCCACCCGGGCGGGAGCAGUUAAAGCUACUGCAGAAGUGGGUCUGGGGAGUCAGGAAGCUUCCGAGAGGCCCGUGCACACAUCAUGACAGGUCCCUACGUCAGCAUGUCCAAGGCUGGGUUCCCCGAGCUACUCUGUGGAAAAAGGAUUUGGGGGGCCAGUGAGUUGAGGAGACACUGCCUCUCCACUCCCUGCAACCCCCUCCACCUUAGAGCACCCCAGGGCUCUGCAAAUACUCUAGUAGAAGCCCCUGUGGAAUCUGGUUUUGCUUGUUUUUUUUUUUUACAGCUACAGAAUAAAAUCUUUGCAGAGCACACUCUGGAAAUUACUGCCCCAAAUGUUCCUGAAGGUGCCCCCCAGUUUGUGGUUGCUCUGGGGUUAGGGCUGUGGGGUCCGGGGGCUCAGGGCCGCUCAAGUUCUGCCAAGCAUCUCUGCCUGGGGAUGAAUUUCUCAUCCCGUUACUGCCAUGGGCAUGGGGUGAAUGAAUCGAACCUUUCUUGUCAGGCCCCCAAAGCUGCCCAGAAGCUGGGGGGGCAGUGUGUGAAGGGGGUCCCACUCUGGGGGGAUUCUGAAAGGGUAGGGGAAGGUUUCUAACACCCAGCCUGGAGCAGGGGGGCCCUAGCCCCCGACCCUUUGCUUACAUGCGUGUCUGGUAGCCUGAGCUCACAGAAUUCUUUAGCCUUCGACAAGGGAGCCUGAGCUCCGUCCUGAUUUGGGGAGGCUCUGGGUGGGGGGCGGUCCUCUUCCUCAUCCCUCUGUCUGGGCUUCCCCCAACCUCUGCACAAUUUUUUAGGUGCUGAGAUAUAGCAAACCAGCACAAUAAACCUUUAUUCUGGCCUGA